UUUUCUUUGAUUUUACAGCCACGUUACUCACUUUCCAAGAGCUUCGCCGAAACAAAGCAGAAUGCCACCUAACAUCUCCUCUGCUAACCGUUAUUAAUGUGGCCUCCCGGGGGCUCGGAAUCCACCUAAUUGAAAAAGAUGGCGAAAAGGACAUAAAGCGUAUUUGUAGGCAGCUAUGGCGUAAAGACGCGCACGGCUCUCGUCUGAACCAUCUGAUCCGCCACAAACUUGUCCAUAAUCUGCAUUCCCCGCUCCCCAAGGCCACCAACGCGGUAAAUAACCUGUCCCAACCAAAAUGUACGGGCACUCGUAUGAAAAUUAAUUUUCACGUAAAAUCUUUCACGGACCACUCGCGCGUAUCACCCACGGCUGCCGAGAGGAGCCCUCUGCACGCAGCCGCACUCGCGCAGCGCGUUUGAAACCCCAGGUACUGCUCCACGCCGGCAUGGUCCGCUUUCCACGAGUGUAGGAUCCCCGGAAUUACAGGACACUGUAAAACAUAUAAGCAUGGCCGGGGAGCUGAAGUCUAGCCGUUCCAGGGCGGGGCCGAAGAGGCCAGGCCGCACAGUGUACGGAUCUGACUUUGAUCUGGACUACGACUGCUACCACGAUGACUUCUAUGACAGGGUGUACGACUACCAGCGCGUCCCGGCGUCCCUGCCCCCCGCCCCCCGCGGCCCCAGCCUGCCCAAGCGCUCGCGCCAGUGCUCGUCCAGCCUGCGGAGGAGCAGGGACAGCCUGGCGCCCAGGAGCGGCAGCCGGCCCAGCAGCUCCUCCGGCAACGCGACCAGAGCCAAGUGUGAGGGGGACGGGGGAGAGCAGGCGGGGGGAGGGGCAGUGAAGGCUGAGGAGCUGCGCACGAUAAAGCGGGAGCUGACCUUGAUCAAAGUGCAGAUCGACGGCCUGCUGGAGAGCCUGGACAGGAUGGACAGGCAGAGGGGCGAUCGCACAGGAUCCCCCCCGGUCAGGGACGACAGCACUGGGGGCUCCCCCUGCCGCCUCUCGGCCAGCAGCCCCGAGGGCUCUCAGGGCAGCCACAGCCCACACCGCCGGGCCCGGAGGGAGAGAGUGGGGGACGAGAGCCCCGAGCUGGGAGAGGCCAGCGAGGAUGACCGGCACACGAUUAACAAUCACAGCUCUGACCUGGAGGACGACAUGUGAGGAGACUGAGAGCAGGUGAGACAGGAGUCCAGCUCCAGUGCAGAGGGAGAGAGCACUAUACGUGGGGGUGACCCCUCCCCUCCCUCCCAUACCACCAGCCCAGCAGCCCUGCGCCAGAGGACCCGCCUCCCUCCCCCAAUGUCAGCUCCUCCACUGUGGACAGCCUUGGACCUGCUCACAGUAUCGCCUCCGAAACAGCGUCCACAGUCUUUCGGUUUCCUCGCAGUCUCUGCUCUCGGUUUGUGCAGCCUCGCCCGGGGCCAGCAGGUCCCAGCUUCAUGAGCACAGCACGCAGGCCAGGUUUCGGAAGGGCAAGAUUUUCUUUGUCACUGCUCUUUUAUUUACAGAGUCUUGGCAGUGCAGUUCUAGAGCUGUGGUCCUCUGUUCCGCUUUCAGCCAGGACCAGGAGAAGCAUAAGCAUAACUGGUGCAGGAAAAUCACGGAGAACAGUAGAAAAAAUAAACCUCAAAAAUAAGAUUGUAGUUAUUCUUCAGGACCAGGGUUGUAGGCCCCCUGUUGUGUCAGUCCCCCAAUAAAACUGACCUCCUAUACAAACUUUGCUUUGCUUCAAAACGCUCUCAGCACCCUGUGCAUGGUUCACAUAUUCUUUCCUAUGAUAAGAGUAUGCAGAAAAUCACAUUCUAAUGAUAAAUUAGUCAGAAAAACCAUUAGCACCUAUAAAUGAAAAAGCAAAAUGACAUUUAGCAAUACUUGCUUUUUUACCUGCAGACAAAACUUGCCCUUUCCCCAAAUCAAGUGUGUAAUCUGUCAGCCUGGUCUAAAUUAAAAAUUCCAAUUGUUUUUUUUUUCAAAUGACGUUCAGAAAUCCGAUUGCCUAAUGCAGCACUUCGCCCUUUGUGCUCUGAUGUAGCUAGAACAAUUUAGAUGCACCACCAGUGUUUCCCUGUGCUGCUUUUAUCAGCUCCAUCCACCCACAUUAGUGUCGUCAGAGAAGACCUUGACAGUGUGACAACAGCUGUCGACACGUCGCUGUCGUGAAGCUGGUAAUCAGAUUGCUUCUGAAUGCAUGCCUGCUGGGAUCAACAAAGUUUCCCGUUAUUUAGUAUAUAAAUACAGCACCUUGUUGCUAUGUGCUUUAUUGUUCACAUUAAUUUUGUGGAGCUCAGAUAUGAAGAUACCUUUUGUUAAUGACUGGGCUGUUCCAGUAGAUUACACUGCAACGUGUAUUAAGCACCUGCAUUAGCACCAUGAAACCCAAACCAGGCUUAGAUUUGAUGAAAACUCAGGUGACAGCAUACAUUACAUAGAGGUGAGUAUGUUUGUCACUGUUCAUUUGUUCAGGCUCAAUGAAUACAAGGUAUAGCAAUAAGAGCAUCAAGGCUGAGAGUCAUUCCAGGCUUUUAAUGAUCUUAAUGAGAUCCUUUUCAAACAGGGAACUGCGCAAUUCUCAGUAUGUUAUUAAGAUUUUAUUUUAAGUCUGGGAUGUCUGUCAGUGUUACCCAGUGGGACUGUUGUUUUCUUUUCUGAAUACUCAAAGCUUCUACUCAUUCUGUUCUUCUUAAAUAUGUAUAUAUUUGACAGAUCUCUGAACGUCUUGUAACAGUACUUCAUAAUAAGAGUUAUGAUUAAGAACCAGCCUAGCUGCAGGCUUUCCGAACUGGUACUAGUUCCUCUUAGAACAAGAACCAGCUGUGCUCAUGUUCAGAAUGGUAAUUUCCUGUAGAUAUCUGGCAUCAGGCAGGUGUAUUGGGCUGCUUUUCACAUGCUGACAAGCAUAUAUUCCACUCACGUUUGAUUUCAGCCUGAUACCUGAUGGCAUCUGGGCUGUGCUACAGCAUCUUGAGUCGUGACCAGAGAGACCACUCUCUCCUGGAAAAUACACUUGAGGACUCCUGUGAGCAGUUGUUCCUGCUAGCCAUUCUGUGAAACAGGCUGCUGUACCACAAAGUGAUGCUUGCUCAAGAGGAUGCAGACAGUGGGUGCAAUGGCUUUUAACAUGUUGUUGUCAGCUGCCUCCUAAAGAUGUAAAAUGAAACCCCACCUUUCCUAAAACAAAAGAGAGCCUGCCCUGCCACAGCAGAUCCAGUAUAUAUUGUACAUGCAGAAGUAUCAGUGAGAGGGCUGUUCAGAGUCUGGUGCAUUGCACUUGUAGACUAAAUAAGAGUCUACAAGAUCUUGGAGAGACGAGUUUGCAGUACAUCUGAUGAUGUGUGGUCACACCAGACGGGCUGUCUGUCCAAUGGUGGGAGGCCUUUCUGCAGUACAUGCACAUACUGUAUGCCUCUAGAAUGAAGAUGUACAGUCACACUACUGCAGGAUCUGCCCAUUCCUUUCUUGAAAAACCUGACAGGAAAUCAAUUCAACUUAAUAUCUGAAUGGAUUCUUCAUGCAUUCAGAUAAAGAGUUCAGUACACACCCAUCUCUGCCAGAGCGACCAAUAUAAUAGUCUGUGAUAUCUUAAUAAUUAAUUCACCUCCAUGUAUAAGAGUUUCUGGAUUGACUGUACUGGCUGGGCUAAAGUGUAAUAUUGUGUAAUAUUGUAAACUUUCUUGUACUUUGUCAACUCGAUCUGAUUUUAUCUUGCAUUUGUUUUGGGUUUUUUUUAUUUGGAAAAUUUUUGUUAUACUUUGAUUCCAGUGCUGUUGUUAGAUUUCUCUCUUUUGGUUUUCUUAUGUCAUAAAAUGGUGGAGUGAAAACAGAAGUGCUUAGUUAACAGUAGUAAAGUUAUUUUCUUAUUGAUUAUAAA